UCUUCUAAAUAAAUUGUAGUUUUAUGCCUAUUUUUUUGAAUUUAUCAGAGGGCGUUGUGCCUUCACUCAAAUCACAACAUGGUUUCAUGUUUCACAUAAAUCAUUAUCGCUCCUUAGCUAAGGUCGUCGUGUGUAUACUUUCUCAAGUUGUGUUCGGUGAGCAGGAGCCAUGUACAGUCCCCACAUCGCUCUUUUAUCGGCCGUGCAGGCAAACGACACACGUCAUCGAGCCAAACUUCGCUUCCAACGCUUACCCACGGAUAACACCUAUACGGAUCCGCGUCUGGAGCAAUUGAUUGUGUAUAGGGCUCUGCUGGAGCACCUGUUGCAGCAGAAGGACCACUACGACCACGAGAGGGAGUUGGAACUGCAACGCUUAGAGCGAUUCCGCUGCGAAGGAGCCAACGAGCGGCGUCUGCAGGUUCAGGAGCAGGUGGUCAAGAAGGCGCAGGCCAUGCUGCCCGGCAUCGUGUUCAAAAUGCGCAACGAGGUGGACAAGCUGAAGCACUUCUUCGAAGUGGACAAGGAACAGGAGCUCCGUCAACUGGACACCGACCUUUACGACCAAUGUAGCGAUCUCCUCAAGAAUUGCCAGCUCACCCUAGAGAAUGUACAAUAAGCGGGCACUUCAACUAUUAUCAUCCUCAUUAACAUUUGCCAUCAGUCAAAUUUAGUUGUGUAAAUAAAAAAAAGUUAUAACCUUUAUAAUAAGGUUCCUAAGUAA